CCCGCCGCUGGCCGCUUCCGGCCUGGCGGUGCGGAGGGAGUGAGGGAGCGGUAAGAUGGCGGCGGCGGCGGUGCUGGAGUUCCAGCGCGCUCAGUCCCUGCUCUCCACCGACCGCGAGGCCUCCAUCGGCAUCCUCCACUCCAUAGUGAAACGGGAUGUCCAGGAAAAUGAUGAGGAAGCAGUGCAAGUCAAAGAGCAGAGCAUCCUGGAGCUGGGAUCCCUCCUGGCCAAGACUGGGCAGGCAGAAGAGCUGGGGGGACUCCUGAAGUACGUUCGGCCCUUCCUGAACUCCAUCAGCAAAGCCAAAGCCGCGCGCUUGGUGCGCUCCCUGCUCGACCUCUUCCUCGACAUGGAGGCAGCCACAGGACAGGAGGUUGACCUGUGCUUAGAGUGUAUUGAAUGGGCCAAAUCAGAGAAGAGAACCUUCCUGCGCCAGGCUCUGGAGGCCAGGCUGGUCUCCUUGUACUUUGACACCAAGAGGUACCAAGAAGCGCUGCAGCUGGGCUCCCAGCUUCUUCGGGAACUGAAGAAGAUGGAUGACAAAGCAUUGCUGGUGGAGGUGCAGCUGUUAGAAAGUAAGACUUACCAUGCCCUGAGCAAUCUGCCAAAAGCAAGAGCAGCCUUAACCUCUGCAAGGACUACAGCCAAUGCCAUCUACUGCCCACCAAAGCUGCAGGCAGCAUUAGACAUGCAGUCAGGUAUUAUCCAUGCAGCAGAGGAGAAGGACUGGAAAACAGCCUACUCAUAUUUUUAUGAGGCAUUUGAGGGAUAUGAUUCAAUUGACAACCCAAAAGCCAUCACUGCACUGAAAUACAUGUUGCUGUGCAAAAUCAUGCUGAACAUCCCAGAAGAUGUGCAGGCACUAGUGAGUGGAAAGCUGGCUCUGCGGUAUGCAGGAAGACAGACAGAAGCACUAAAAUGUGUGGCACAGGCCAGUAAGAACAGAUCACUGGCAGACUUUGAGAAGGCUCUGACAGACUACAAGGUGGAGCUCAGGGAUGACCCCAUCAUAAACACUCACUUGGCUAAGCUCUAUGAUAACUUAUUGGAACAGAACCUGAUAAGAGUCAUUGAACCCUUCUCCAGAGUACAGAUUGAACACAUAUCCAGCCUCAUCAAGCUCUCAAAGGCUGAGGUAGAAAGAAAACUGUCACAGAUGAUCCUGGACAAGAAAUUCCACGGCAUCCUUGACCAAGGUGAGGGAGUCCUGAUCAUCUUUGAUGAACCCCCUGUAGACAAAACUUACGAAGCCGCCCUUGAGACUAUUCAGAACAUGAGCAAAGUAGUGGAUUCGCUCUACAACAAAGCCAAGAAGUUGACAUAGAGUUGAAUUUGCUGUCUGUCAUUUGGAGAGUGUGUGUGACAGGAGAGUGAAACCUUUGGGAAAAUGUUAGGAGACUUUUUUUUUUUUUUUUUUUUAAUUUCCCCUUUUUGUUGUUUUUUUUUUUAUUUUUCUCUCCUUUGUUCUACUUUUCGCUUGGAAAGUUUUUAAACUUCCUCAUCCAGUGCAUCUUGUAUUCCAUACGAUGCGUGUUCCAGUUUCCAUGUAAUCUUUACUGGCCGAACUUUGUAUCUGGGGGGGGAAAUAUUGUUUAAAACAAAGAGGGUAUUCUAAAUAAAAGGAAAAAGGCUUACACUACCUAAACAUGUGCUUUCCACUUCCUGAGGGAUACCAGAGAAGUUUGAGCAGGGACAAAGUUUUGUUACCAAGAGGUGCCCAGAACAAGUUUGUUUCAUCUCUUCCUCUGCUCUGAGCUGGAGACUGACGGUCUGCAAGCAGCCAACUCCUUUCCAUUUGUACUGAACCAAAACAACCAAGCCCCAAAAUGUACAGACUGCUGGUCUAGUUCCAAAUCCUAAAGGGCCUCAGAUCCCCUCGGAAGCAGCUCCACAAUGAUUUUCCUGAAGGCUU